AUGGGGUCGACAAAACCGGAGAAGAAGGAAAAGAAGGACAAGAAGCGCAGUGAAGCCGAUGGUGUGACGAAGGUCAAGAAGGACAAGAAAGAGAAGAAGGAUAAGAAGGACAAGCUGAAGACUGUCGUUAGCGCUGUCAUCGAAGACCAACUACAAGCUGAUUCCACCGCCUCUGUCACCGUCGUAAAGGAUGGAGAAGCAAAGGUUGCCAAGGUCCUGGUUCCCGUCGUCGGCGCUUUAGUACCUUUCGCGAAGCCGUUAGCAGACGAGAAAGCCACCAAGAAGGUUAUGAAGACAGUACGGAAGGCGGCCAAGCACAAGACCCUCAAGCGUGGCGUCAAAGAAGUCGUCAAGUCCCUACGCAAGUCCCCCGCCAGCGGACCGGGCAACACCUCGUUUCCUGGCGUCGUCGUCUUGGCCGGAGACAUCAGCCCCAUGGACGUGAUCAGCCACAUCCCCGUGCUAUGCGAGGACGUCAACGUACCGUACAUAUUCGUGACAUCGCGCGCCGAGCUUGGUGCUGCCGGUAGCACCAAGCGCCCUACAAGUGUUGUUAUGGUUACCGAGAAGCAGGCCAAGAGCAAGAAGGACGGCAAGGACGACAAGAUAGACGAGGAGGAAGUAGAGGAUUUUGCCGAGGCGUACAAGGACCUAGUUAAGCUCGUCGAGAAGGAGAGCAAGCACCAGCUCAAGUUCACGUAG